AUGAAUUCCCUUGGUCUUAAGAUAAGGGGGCCUCUAGCUACUCAAAUACGAAACUAUGCAGUAGCGCAGUCUGCCACCACUGCUUCAACUAACAGCAGUGCAUGUACUACCACUACCACUACCACUACUACUUCAUCACCAUCCAUAUCGCUGACAUUAAUCUUAUCACGUCCUCCAAUUAUAACCCAGGACCUCGCCCCAUUCGAAUCCCAAUUCUACAAAUACCAAUCCGAGCUAUGGAGGAGACUCAUGUGGACAUUUCCCAAAUGGUUUUACUUCAAACAAGGAACAAUGGCAGAAUUGAGGUAUCGACAAAUCAACAAGAAUCCCGUCAGUUACAACCCCAAAAUAUCUUCAUGGCCCAAGGGCAAACCAGACUUGAAGCAUUUAAGAGAUAGGAGGUUCAGACAGUAUAUCAGGGCUCCCAAGACAUAUAGAGAAGAGGAUGAGAUUGUUGAAGGACAAGACCAGCUGGAAUUUAAAGAGAAUGAAAUCUCACGGAAAAUUGUGCCUGCCUCACGCACAACUGAAGCUGACAAACGUCAAGACGUGACUUCAUUGGAGAGAAAACUAAGUAGGACCUUGUAUUUGAUCAUCGCGGACAAGUCCAGUGGAGAAUGGAAGUUGCCUAAUUUUAAAGAACUGAGUGGACAGUUGCAGCCUUUACAUGUGUUGGCCGAGGAAGGAUUAUAUGAACUUGGAGGUAAGAAGAUCAACUAUUUCAAUGUGUCAAAAGUGCCAUGUCAUCACAACAAGAACAAGGAAUAUUUCAUCAAGUCGCAUAUCUUAUCGGGAACUUUUGAGCCACAAUCCGACUCAAUCCUGUAUCAAUGGGCCACCAAGGAGGAAUUGAAACAAUUGUUGCCAAAGGAUUAUUAUUCUGAUAUACUGCAUUUAUUGAGUGAUGUGUGA